AUGGCGGCCGAUCUCUACAAUGGUACCAUUUCAGACAGAACACAUCCUCUGAAAAUCUUCGAUGCGGCCAAGAGCCAGGACAGGUUCCUCUACGUCUCAGCCCCUAUGCUUGCCUUCCGUCAAACCGUUCAUGAAUAUGGAACCGACCUCUGCUGGACGCCCAUGAUCCUGUCCAAGGAGUUCAACCGCAACAAGUUUGCCCGUGACAGUGAUCUCACGAUAUCAACCCGCGGAGUCCAGCCACCAACAAUAGUCCAGUUUGGCUCCAGCAGCCCCCUCGAGCUCGCCCGCUCAUCAUCCCUCGCCGCCCCCUAUGUCAACGGCGUCGACCUUAACUGCGGCUGCCCGCAGUCCUGGGCCUGCGCCGAGACUCUUGGCGCCGCGCUCAUGGAGAAGCGCGAGCUCGUCCGCGACAUGGUCACCGAGACUCGCCAGCGCCUGGCCAGCGACGGAUGGCAUGUCGGCAAGGAACGCGAUAUAGACAGUCCCAAGGGGAGGAGUAUAAGCGUCAAGAUUCGUGUCCAUAAAGAUCUGAGGAAAACCAUGGAUUUCAUCGACACAGUCAUCGGCAACCCCCAAGACCGAAACAUUGACUUCCUGACCAUUCACCCCCGCACCCGCCACACGGCCUCCAGCAUCCCAAUCAACACCGAAUCCCUCGGCAUCCUCCUCGAAAAGUACGGUGAUACCCUCCCUAUUCUCCUCUCAGGCGAUGUCUUCUCCAUGGCGACCCUGCCCCUAUCAACCGUUUCCAAAGCAGCAGUACAACCCUCGGAGCCGGAGACAAUCAACGGCCACAACGGCUACACGGACUUCACCCCCAGCGGCACCAAGCUCGCCGGCCUCAUGUCUGCUCGCGGCAUCCUCGCCAACCCGGCUCUCUACGCUGGCCACGAGUCCUGCCCUUGGGAGGCCGUCGAAACCUUCAUGCGUCACGUAGUCCGCGCCCCGAUGCCCGUGAAGCUGGUGCAGCACCACCUCCACGAAAUGUGCGGGCCGGGCAUGGGCCCGGACAAGCGGGCGUUGCUGAAUAGGCAUGAGCGGGCGGCGCUCCUCUCGCUCGACAACAUGGUGGAUGUCAUAGAUUUCAUGGACGAUGCGAUCAACCGCAAGACGGGUAGGACAGAUGGGCUCCGUCGCGAGUCCGUAGGUAGCUCAACAGUGCCCGUGCCGUGA